AUGGACUUGCUCCAGGAUGGGGUGGUGACACCCUCACCCAUGGGCUCAGGGCUUCAGGGUCCUCCCCAUACGCCUGGCACCGCGGGGCCCGCACUCACCAUUGUCACUGCCCUGCCCGUCCUGAAACCUGGGCUGUGUUUCCAGUGUCCACUGUGGGUAGUUGGUGGCCCACUGUCCCUCAGCCAGGCCCGUCCUGAGCUCACAGGACAUGCUUGUCAACCCUGUGCUGUGAAGGUGGAUGUUCAUGCAUCGUGUGUGCGUGUGUCCUUCCCGCCCUCGGCUCAUCGCUCAGCUCACGGACGUGGCGUCCCUGAUCGUCGCAAGAGCUGGAGGUGUGAUGCAUGUGGUGGGGCUCUGCAUGGGGUAGUCCACUUGUAG